AUGGGUUCAUUCCUCAGAGUCGUGACGCUAGAAGAACAUCCGUUCAUCUUCACAAGAAAACUGGACGAAAACAACCAGUGCCCCGCCGGGACCAUGUGUACCAUGCCGAAGAAAAGAGACGAGCACAACGGUACCCUAGACGACCAAGCCUCGAUAGAGGUCGAGAAAAAAUGUUGCUACGGAUUAUGCCACGAUCUACUCCACAAACUUAGCCAGGAUCUGAACUUCCAGUACGAGUUGUACGUAGUGCGGGACGGGAAGUAUGGAGGGCUGAAGGACAACCUGUGGAACGGCAUGGUGGGUGACCUGCUGUACGGCCGAGCAGACAUGGCUGUCUCUUCUUUUACCAUCACGAAGAAGCGGAGCGAAGUCAUCGACUUCUCCGCCCCCUACUUCUACACCAACCUCGGCAUCCUCAUCUACAAGAAGGAGGCUCCAACCCCCCUGGCGUCUUUCAUGAAACCGCUGGACUGGUCCAUGUGGGUGGGGAUCUUCGUGACCCUUCACCUAGCCGCCAUAUUUGCUACCAUCUACGAGUGGUGCAGUCCGUACGGGUUGACACCGAAGGCGAGGAACAGGCCCAGGAUUUUCGGCUUUCCGUCGGCGUUGAACCUCUGCUGGUCCAUCCUCUUCAGUCACACGGUCGCCACUAAGACACCCAAGUGCUGGAGCAGCAGGUUUCUGAUAAACCUAUGGGCGGCUUUCUCUGUCAUCUUCCUGGCUAGCUACACAGCCAACCUGGCCGCUUUCAUGGUGGAUGAGAAAACCAUCAACGAGCUCAACGGAAUAGAUGAUCCCAAGUUGAUACGGCCGUCCAAGGGUUUCCGGUUCGGGACGGUCCGACACAGCAGUCCCGAGUCUUUCAUGCGGGAGUUCUACCCCGCCAUAGAGAUGCACAUGCGCAAGGAUGGCAGCAUUAACACUGGCGAAGCGGUCGACAAACUGAAAGUAGGUCGUCUAAAUGGCUUCAUCAUGGACCAUGAAAUAGCAGGUCAACUAGACGCCUUCAUCAUGGACCAGGCUAUCCUGGAGUACGAGGCGCUGAUCGACCCGGAGUGUAACCUGAAGGUGGUGGGCAAGCCGUUCUCCAGUGACGUGUACGGGAUCGGGCUGCCCAAGAACUCGUCCCUGACGUCCGAGGUGACGAGGCUGAUCCACCACUACACCAGCACGGGGUACCUGGACAGGCUGUACCGGCAGUGGUACAACAGCGUGCCCUGCAGCGUGGGCAACGAGGGCAUGGAGCAAAAGUUGGAGUUAGACGUGGGCCACUUCACGGGCGUGUUUGUGCUCCUGCUGGCCGGGCUGGGCUGCGGGAUUCUCACUCUCUUCAUGGAGUUCGUCAUCCACAGGUUUCUCGUCCCGCGCCUGCGCAGUAACGCCACCACCACGUGGCUAGCCAUCAGUCAGAGGUUCCACCGUGCCCUGAAAACCAAACCGGCCAGACGCGUCAACACCGCUACCUUCCUGCGGAACAUCGGUAUCUCCGGGCUCACAGGCAACCUCGGAAGGCCGCCAUCUUCUUUUCGAGACAGCCGUGCGGAGGAGGAGUUCUACGACUUUUAUAAGAUUCUCAGCGACACUUCCAAGACGCCGCUCAACAAUGUCAAUAUUCAGAAACUCAGUACAAUUGUCUCCAGACUAAACAGUACCCAACAGUCGAACAUCGCCAUCCAAACCGAUGACGUAGAAGACAUUGUCAACCAUCAACUGAGAGACAUAGACGCCAACAUUCAACUGCGCCUGCGCGUCUUCGAACGGGACCUACAUGACAUGCGCGAGCGUCUUGCGCAGGCGCUGAGAGAGAAAGAGGAGCUACUGCGCAGACUCGCCGUCCUGGAGAACCCCAGCGCGCGUGCGCAGAUGGAGGCGCCUCUGGUGAACGGCUCUCCGGUGGUGAUUCGGUGUAUCUGCGGCUGCGCGGAGUGUAACGUCUGCAACAGAAAAAUCACGAUGUUUGAGAACGAUCAGAAUUUGUUCAAUCAGAACCCAAACGAGCACACAACAUGCGACGAGUAA